AUGGACCAUUUUGUUGAUAUAAAAUUAUUAAAGACUCAACAAAAAAAUAACCAAGACAAAAGUACAAAGAGCUUGAAAAAGUUUUGUUUCCCUGACAAUUUUAGUACUAGUUCAGGUCCUUCUGUACGUUCUUAUCUACGAAAUAUAUAUGAUGAUAGUUUAACACCAUCUUCAUUUUCAUCUUCAUAUUCUAAUAAUAUUAAUACUAAUACUAAUAAUAAUAAAGAAACAGAAAUCACAACAAAUAAUUAUAAUAUAUCUUUAAGUACUAUGGAUCCAGAAGAAAGAAAAAAUUUAGUAGAUCAUCUCAAUAAAUUCUCUUUUGAACCAUUUCAAAAUAAUCCCAAUAAUAGUAACAUUAUUACUAGUCGUUGUAGUAGUAGCUAUAAAUUAGAACCAAAAGAAAUCUAUCAUGCCGAUAAAGUUAAUGAUCAAUGGGAAAGCUCGUCUUCAAGAUUAUCUGAUUCAGAUUGGAAAGCAAACAAAAAUCAAUUUAAUGAAUAUUCCUUUUUUCUCAAUACUUAUAGUAUUAAUCCUCCUUUAAGAAGAAAUUCUGUCUUACCUUCAUCAAAACCUAUAAAAUCAAAUAGAAGAUUUUCGCAUAAAAAGACAGAUGCUAUUUCACUAUCACAAGAAUUCAACAUAAAUUCCUAUCAAACAGAACCUUCAAAUAUUAAUAAUGUUGAUAUAAAUCUCAAAGGAAACCAAUCAAAUAAAAUUAAAUCUCCAAGGGCUCAAUUUGAAAGAUUUAAUGAUAUUUAUAUAGGUGACGAUGAUACAUAUACUAAUGUUACUCUUCUUCCAUCCACAACAGAUCCCUCACUAUAUACACAUCAUUUGUCACCAAUAAAAACAAUAAAUAAUACUAGAGAACAAAUAGAAAGAAAUCAAAAUGGAAAUUUUGAGUCUUUAGAUGAUUUUGCAGAUUUUAAUAAUAUCGACCUUGAAGGUAGAGAUUUUGUUAGUAGACCUUGCACACCAAAAAUUAAUUUAGAAGGAAACACUUUAUCACAAUAG